UGAUGAAAUAUUUCUGUAAUUUAUUAUACAGAUUGCUUACAACAAUAAGCCUAGAAGAAAAAUGCAGACAGAACCAGACUUCAGGGCAACGCUGGAGCGUUUGCAGUCUUGCAGAUCUGUACGUGAUGCAUUAGACAUAUUGCAACAGAUAACUGAUGCUAAGAUGGAUUUAGUUAUCCCAGCUACUAGAGAGGAUGUCGAUCUGAUUGUAAGAGAGUUUGAGGAGAGACUUAGACAAGGGGAAAACCCAUCAGAUGUGGAUCUGUCUUCCGAAGUACAGGAGGAGCUAAAAAGGUUCCUGGAUUCCUUCAUUUUGCCAGAACAUAAAGAUGGUCCAAAAGAAGAUGAAAUUGCCAGACAGUUAUCUAGGCAGAUUUCAGAGGAGAAAGAAAAGGAAAUGAAAAUUAUUGCCAGUCGUUUAGGCAGGACCUUUUUAAACAAUACUUCUUCAGAAGAAGAUUCUGGAGAAGGAAUCACUGCUGUGAAGAUAAAGGGAGGAGAAACGGUUUCUGAAACAGACAUAAAAUUUGGAUCAUUAGUUGAACCAUUGGAUCCUGUACCAACUGCAUUGGCACAUUUAGUCUCCGUUGCUCCAAAGGAAACAUUUAAAGUUGAAACCGCUGCAGAGGGAACUACAAAUGAAGAAGAAUUUUUAGAUCUGCAGAAACAGCCUAAAAGUAAGAUACGUAUAUUCAGUGAUAGACAGCAGUUUGAACAUUACAUUAAAAGUCACAUUGACCCCGAUGCUUUCAGCUGGCGAAUAAUCGAAGGAGUGGCUGAGUUUGUUGUAUUAAGUUUGCAUGUUCUUUUUGGAACUAAUAGAAUUAUAGAAAUUCAGAAUGAAGGAGGGGAUGUCGAAAAUUUAAAACAUCUUGAUGUUUGCCGCCAGCUUUACCAGAAUUUCCUUGGGGAAUGUAAAUGUGGAGUUGACCUCUCGUACAAUGGGGAAAAGGUUGGAGAAACUAAACGUGCACUUUAUAAACAGGGGGAACAAGGGGAUUGUUCAGCAGCGGUAAUGGAUAGAAGUGGGAUUGAGAUAGCCCUUGUCAAAAUGGACCAUGAAGAGAAAGUAAACAUUGACUUUGCUGACUCGAUAUCUGAUCAGUGGAACAAACUUGGCAUGGGAAAUCAGCUAGUAUUUAAAGGAAGCUGUCAGAAUUACCAUGACAUACCACUUGGCACUGAAGUGUAUAAAAUGGGUCCCAAGACAGGUCUUACGAAAGGAGUAAUAACCAAGAAAAAUGAACCAUACAUGUUUUUGAAUGAGGUUUUGCUUCUGUUCAAUCAGGUUAAGGUUCAAUGGGAAAAUGUUCCAUUUUCAGAACCGGGGGAUUCAGGAUCUAUGGUAUUCUCUGUAGAAAAAGGGGAGAUGAUAUCAGUUGGAAUUGUAACAGGUAGUAAAAGAGAAAAGAAAUUAAGUAUUGUAACACCAAUAAGCGAGAUAAUGGAAUACAUCAGUAAAAAGAACAGAGGAAAAUACUAUAGGCUAAAACAGUUUAUGCUGAAAAUGGAUGGAAGAAAUUUAAGAAAAAUAAUUACUGACAAAAUAAUGAAAAGAAUGCUACCCAGGUCAUAGCUGGGUCUGUGUUUCUGAAGAAAUAUUGUGUUUCUGGAAAAAAGGCUUUGUUUUUUGCAAAAUGACUCCAUUAGUUUUUGUCAAGAUGUACCAGUAUUUUCUAACAUAGGGACAAAAGGAGAAAAGUGUACAGAAGUUUUUUAUACUGAUACACAUUUUCACCUUGUAAAACUUGAAAUUAAUAUGGUUGUUGAAGAAUACUUAUAUUUUUGACAGUUUUUAAAUGAUAACUCCAAUCUUGAAAUCCUGUUUAAAAUGUUGGCAGUAUCAGACAAGUAAAAUUGUGCCAACAUUGAGCUUCUUGGAAAAAAAAAAUUAACAUUCUUCUGUGAAGUGGACACUAUCAUACAACUUAAGAGACUGUUAAUGAUGAUCAUUGCCAUUAUCUGUAUGUGUAGCAUGUGAUAUGCAUUUAAAAGGUAGGACAAACAAAUUAUAGCAGUAGCAACUUCAGAUACACUUUUUAUGUAACAUAAAUAGAAAAUGAUCAUUUUUGUUACAGUUUUUGUACAAUAAUAUAAUAAAAGAAAGAGUAUGUUUCUAAUUUUUUAGCUCACCUGAGCAAAGGCCAAUUUCAUCCAAACUUCACAGGAAUGUUCCCUGGGUGAAGCUCUACAAAAAUUGUUCAAAGAAUUGAAUUCCAUGCAGAACUCUGGUUGCAAUGGCAAUUAACUGAAAGGAAAAACUUUAAAAAUCUUCUUCUCGAAAACCAGAAGCCCUAGAGCUUAGAUAUUUGGUGUGAAGCAUUCCCUAGUGGACCUCUACCAAGUUUGUUCAAAUCAUGACCCCGGGGUAUGAUUUUGCAUAGGAAAAUCUUAAAAAAAUUUCUUCUCAAAAACUAGAAGCCCCAGAGCUUAGGUAUUUGACAUGUAGCAUUGCCUAGUGGACCUCUACUAAAGUUGUUCAAAUCAUGACCCCGUCCCAGAGGUCACUUGAUUUUACAUAGGAAAAUCUUCAAAAAUUUUCUAAAAAUAAACAAGAAGGCCUAGAGCUUAGAUAUUUAACAUGUAGCAUUGCCUAGUGGACCUCUACAAAAUUUGUUCAGUCAUGACCCUCGGGGUCAAAAUUGACCCUGCCCCAGGGGUCACUUGAUUUUACACAGGAAAAUCUUCAAAAAAUUUCUAAAAAUAAACCAGAAGGCCUAGAUCUUAGAUAUUUGACAUGUAGCAUUGCCUAGUAGACUUCUACAAAAUUUGUUCAAAUCAUGACCCCUGGGGUCAAAUUGACCCUGCCCCAGGGGGUUACUUGGUUGUACAUAGAAAACAUCUUCAAAAAUUUUCUAAAAAUAAACCAGAAGGCCUAGAUCUUAGAUAUUUGAUAUGUAACAUUGCCUAGUAGACUUCUACAAAAAAUUUUCAAAUCAUGACCCCAGGGGUAAAAUUGACUCCGCCCCAGCAGUAACUUAAUUGUACAUCGGAAAAUCUUCAAAAAAAUUCUUAAAAUAAACCAGAAGGCCUGAAGCUUAGAUAUUUGACAUGUAGCAUUGCCUAGAGGACCUCUACAAAAUUUGUUCAAAUCAUGACCCCCGGCUUCAUAUUGGCCACGCCCCAGGGGUUACUUGAUUGUACAUAGGAAAAUCUUCCAAAAAAUGUCUAGAAAUAAACCAGAAGGCCUAGAGCUUAGAUAUUUGGUGUGUAGCAUUGCCUAGUGGAUCUCUUCCAAGUUUGUUCAAACAUGACCCCGGAGUAGAGCUUAAAUGCAAAUCUUCAUAGCAACCAUUUAACCAGGUGAGCGAUAUAGGGCCAUCGUGGUCCUCUUGUUUAAGUAAAUGAUUUCUUGUACAGUCAAUAUGUAUAUACGUCUGUGACACAGGAUAUAUGUUUCUAAUUUUUCUAGUAAACACUGUUUUCUUGUACAGUCAAUAUGUAUGUAUGCCUGUGACUUGAGAUGUAGUAUUAGAUUAUGGGCAGCAGGUGCUUAGAAUUUCAGGUUAAAGUUAUGAUAAUUAUUCUCCCUUUUUACUUAGAAUUUCAGGUUAAAGUUAUGAUAAUUAUUCUCCCUUUUUACUUAGAAUUUCAUGUUCAAGUUAUGAUAAUUAUUCUUCCUUUUUACGUAGAAUUUCAUGUUAAAGCUAUGAUAAUUAUUCUCCCUUUUUACUUAGAAUUUCAGGUUAAAGCUAUGAUGCUCUUUUCUCUUUCUCAAUUAUAAAUAAAUUGAUUUUAUUCGAUUUCAAAGUAGUUGUUCCACUUAAUUAGCAUCAUGAUAAUAACACAUGGUGCAUUACUCUUGAAGAAAUAUUCCAUGAAUUAUGUCCCUUUUAUACUGUUACUUAAUUAAUGUUUGGUACACUUUCAGCCUAUCUCUUUUUUUUACUGAAUACAUUUGACUUGAACAUUUGUCCAAUAUAGUCAUAAGCAUUGGAGUCUUUAAACAUUCCAUUGAUAGCUCCAUCUUACUCAGAUGUGCCCUCAGCACCAAAGAAGCCGAGCAUGCUGUCUCCUGUGACAGCUCUUGCUACUGUUUAUAAGAGAUCUGAUAUUAACAUUCUAUUCAGUUAGGGCUUAGUUAAGUUGUGUAAUGCUUUUGUCUUAACCAGUGAUUCUAUUUUUAGAAUAUUUCAAGUAAUCAAACUUUCCUGUUGUAGUUGAUAUAAUUCUAUUGUGAAAAAUCCACACUUCCAUUAAAGCACUGAAAUCUGACGUCAUGUUUACAUAUCAUGUGCAUGGAUUUUUCACUAGACAAGAUGCAAUAUUUUGAUCCAACUAGAAACCUUAACAUUUUUAGCUCGCAUGUCACUUUGUGACAAGGUGAGCUUUUGUGAUCGCACAGCGUCCGUCCUCUGUGCGUGCAUCCGUCCGUGCAUAAACAUUUGCUUGUGACCACUCUAGAGGUCACAUUUUUCAUUGGAUCUUCAUGAAAGUUGGUCAGAAUGUUCAUCUUGAUGAUAUCUAGGUCAUGUUCGAAACUGGGUCAUGUGCAGUCCAAAACUAGGUCAGUAGGUAUGAAAAUAGAAAAACCUUGUGACCUCUCUAGAGGCCAUACUUUUCAAUGGAUCUUCAUGAAAGUUAGACAGAAUGUUCAACUUGAUGAUAUCUAGGUCAGGUUUGAAACUGGGUCAUGUGCUAUCAAAAGCUAGGUCAGUAGGUCAAAUAAUGAAAAAACCUUGUGACCUCUAUUGAGGCCAUAUUUUUCAUGGGAUCUGUAUGAAAGUUGGUCAGAAUGUUCAUCUUGAUGAUAUCUAGGUCAGUUAUGAAACUGCGUCAUGUGCUGUCCAAAACUAGGUCAGUAGGUCUAAAAAUCAAAAAACCUUGUGACCUCUGUAGAGGCCAUACUUUUCAAUGGAUCUUCAUGAAAGUUAGCCAGAAUGUUCACCUUGAUGAUAUCUAGGUCAAGUUUGAAACUGGGUCAUGUGCCUUAAAAAACUAGGUCAGUAGGUCAAAUAAUAAAAAAACCUUGUGACCUCUCUAGAGGCCAUAUUUUUCAUGGGAUCUGUAUGAAAGUUGGUCUGAAUGUUCAUCUUGAUGAUAUCUAGGUCAAAUUUGAAACUGGGUCAACUGCAGUCCAAAACUAGGUCAGUAGGUCUAAAAAUAGAAAAAAACCUUGUGACCUCUCUAGAGGCCAUACUUUUGAAUGGAUCUUCAUGAAAAUUGGUCAGAAUGUUCAGCUUGAUGAUAUGUAGGUCAAGUUCAAAACUGGGUCACGUGUCUUCAAAAACUAGGUCAGUAGGUCAAAUAAUUAAAAAACCUUGUGACCUCUUUAGAGGCCAUAUUUUUCAUGGGAUCUGUAUGAAAAUUGGUCUGAAUAUUCAUCUUGAUGAUAUCUAGGUUAAGUUUAAAACUGGGUCAACUGCAGUCAAAAACUAGGUCAGUAGAUCUAAAAAUAGAAAAACAUUUGGACCUUUCUAGAGGCCAUAUUUUUCAAUGGAUCUUCAUGAAAAUUGGUCUGAAUGUUCACCUUGAUGAUAUCUAGAUAAAGUUUGAAACUGGGUCGCUUGCGGUCAAAAUCAAGGUCAUUAGGUCAGAUAAUAGAAAAACUUUGUGCCCUCUCUAUAGGCCAUAUUUUUCAUGAGAUCUUCAUGAAAAUUUGUGAGAAUUUUCACCUUGAUGAUAUCUAGGUCAAGUUCAAAACUAGGUCAUGUGCUUUCAAAAACUAGGUCAUUAGGUCGAAUAAUAGAAAAACCUUGUGACCUCGCUAGAGGCCAUAUUUUUCAAUGGAUCUUCUUGAAAAUUGGUCAGAAUUUUUAUCUUGAUGAUAUCUAGGUCAAGUUCAAAACUGGGUCACAUGAGCUCAAAAACUUGGUCACUAUGUCAAAUAAUAGAAAAAACGAUGUCAUACUCAGUUCAAAAUUGGGUCACGUGGGGACAGGUGAGCGAUUCAGGACCAUCAUGGUCCUCUUGUUAAACCAUGGUAUGUUUUCAAAGGCUCAUACAGUGAUCUAAUAGCUAAGAUUUUUUAUUUUGCCCCUCAUUCUUUAAGGCCAGAAACAUGGUUUAGAGCUUAUGAUUUUGUAAUGAGCGAAAUCUUAUAGCUGACUUGCAGAAGGUCAGUGUUAGUUUCCAGUUUGACAGAAAUUGGCUAGGGUAGCCUUGGCUCUUUCACUAUCAUUUAAAGAGAAAGGUUAUAAAGGUUAUUUAAGGUAAGGCUCGACAAAAGUAAAGAACAAUGAAUACAUAUUGUUGUUGACUUUACAUAGUUUUUAAGUGGCCUUUACUAAUAUGUGCCAUUUACUUAAAGUUGUGCAAAAGAUAUUCUUUCCUGCCAUAAUAAAUUUUUAAUUCAAC